AUGAAUGUUCUAACAAUACUAUGGACGAUAUGUCUGGUAAGCUUGUGUCAAGGUAAUGGCGGUAAUGAAGCCGACUUGGAUGCUAACGGGCCUUUUAGCUCCUCUGAGGGAGCUCAGAACACUCCUGCAAACUUACAAGGAUCUGGGAAUGAUACGGCCAAGGGGCCAGAUACUGUAGAAGGAUCUAAUAAUCAGAAAGUAGACGUUUAUACCAUAGGGUUUGGAAACAAUUUGCGUCCACAAAACUCCCCUGAAGCUACUGGACAAGAACAUCCUAGGCCGGAAGCUCUUGGUUUUCGACAGGUUGGUCAACAAAGUCAUCCGGGGCCUACUACCCCUGUAAAACCUGUGAGUAGAUUUUCUUCCAAAGCAGAUGCCUCCCUAUUCAAUGUCCUGUGCUCUGUUGAGGACAACGUUAAGAUUCUUAAACUAACUCCUAAAGCUGGUAAGGUAACUGAGCUCAAGUAUGAUGGAAAGGAUGUAUGGUCUGGUAAAGCGACGUUAGGUAAAUCUUCAAACCUGGUGGAGGCCCUGAUAUACUUUGAUGAGAAUGCUCCGGCAUUAGCUAUAAUUUCCACUGAUAAGAAUUCAAAGGUCUAUAGAUACCAUGAUGGUAAUGAGUGGAAGAAGAGUAAUAAAAGUGACUUCAAAAGAUUUUUAAAGAAGCUAAAGGAGAUUAAGGGAGGAUCUGGAUCAUCAUCUCCUGGAACUACUACUCCAUCUCAAUAG